CUGAUGCAGUGUUAAGAUAAGAUUGGACAGAGAGGUAAAACGACCUUCUUCAACCGACAUAACUAACCUCCGUUGUGCUAAGAAACAUGAUGGGCGCCAAGAGUUGCAAUGAACAUUUGCUUUCUUUGGCUUCAACGGACGACGCAAGUCUACGGUGUACCUUCGGCUCCCUCUCUGCAGAUGCCUUCACUGAUGCUGUGGCGUCCAGCCACCUUCACCGGGCGGCAGGCAAGGGUCGGUGGCAGGUCGUGGAGAUGCUCCUGGACGACGGCGCAGAGGUCAACGCCAAGGACAGGUCAGACUCGAGCCCCUUGCACUGGGCUGCUGGAGGAGGCCAUGACGCCGUUGUGGAGUUGCUCCUCUCGAAGGGCGCGCACGUGAACGCCGGGAAUCGCUUUGGACAGAGGCCAAUACACUACGCAGCUUACUUCGGUCACCUGACGACGCUGGAGGUCCUGCAGGAGAGAGGGGCUGCCGUGGAUGUCAAGGAUGACAACGGAGACACGCCGCUCCACCUCGCAGCCACAGAAGGGCGUCUCCUCGCUCUGUUCUCGCUGGUGAAACGCGGAGCUCCUAUAACUAAGAACAAGAGAAGAAAGACUCCGAGGGACUUGAUGAAGAAAACCUCCAGUAGAGACGGCCCUGGCAUAGAGCUUUUCCGGGGAGUCUCCAUGGGUGCUGUUCUGGAGAAGUGGACUGAAGUCGAGAAAGAAGUGAUUAAGCUGCAAAGAGAAAAUGAGAAGUUGCAGGAUCGUCUGGAGGGAAAAACGAUAAGAAUCCGAAGACUGAACUCAAAGAUAAGAGAGAUGGAAGCAAAUGUUUCUCAUGCCGGGCCAUCUUUUUCUUCCCAAAAUGUGAAAAAUACAAGAGGGUCACGCGCAGCACACCCGGAGCGUGCCUUUCGACCCCCAGACAGGAGCAUGGUUCUGCCGCACAGUGUUCCGGAAAGAAUGAGCAGGGCCCCGGGAGCAGCUGGCAGGGACAGGCCUCGUCGGGGAAGAGCAACAGGUGAUGAUUUCCUGGAAGCAACAUGGUGGGGCGAGUCGCUACGAACAGCAGGCAGGAGGAGCCAUUCUUCACAAGGCGCUGGCAGGGACGGGCUUCUUGGGGGAGAAGCUGCCGGCACUAAGUCCCUGCAAGGAGCAAGAAGACGGGGUGCGUCUCUGCAGGUAGCGGGCAGAAAGGGCAAGUCUCCCCUGGCAGCUGGUAGGGACAGCCAUCGAGAAGUAACGAGCAGUGACGAGCAGUCAGCAGGGUGGAAUGAGUUUCUGCGAGCAGCAGGCAGGAGGGGUGAAUCUCUGCCAGCAGUUGGUAGAGACAGGACUCGAAGAGAAGCAACGAGUAGUGACGAGUCUUUGCAAGCAGGAAGCAGGAGGGGCGAGUCUCUGCAAUCAGCUGGAGAAGCAACAAGCAGUUACGAGUCUCUGCAAUCAGCUGGAGAAACAACAAGCAGUGACGAGUCUCUGCAAUCAGCUAGUAGGGACAGGCUUCGAGGAGAAGCAACAAGCAGUGCCGUGUCCCUGCAAGCAACAGGGUGGUAUGAGUCUCUGCGAGAAGCAGGCAGGAGGAGCGAGUCUCUUCAAGCAGCUGGAGAAGCAACAAGCAGUGAUGAGUCUCUGCAAGCAGCACUUAGGUGGCACAAACCUCCACGGGCAAGUGGCAGAUACAGGUUUCGGAGAGAAGCAACAGGUAGGAAUGAGUAUGUGCGAGCAGCGGACAGGAGGGAAGACCCUAUGCAAGCAGCAGGCGGAUGGGAUGAGCUUAAACGAGCAGCGAGCGAGAGGCAGGCGAGUCUGCGCAACCACCAGGCAGGAGGGGCGAGUCUGCGCAACCACCAGGCAGGAGGGGCGAGUCUGCGCAACCACCAGGCAGGAGGGGCGAGUCUCUGCGAGCAGCGGACAGUUGUCCUCCGCGGAUUUGUUGACACGGAACAGCUGAUCGUGACUCGAAUAGCAGACGAGAUGCCUUUACGCUGCAUGUAUGGACACCUGAGAGUAAACAAUGCCUCCCAGGACUUAUCGAAGUUAAUGAAAAUCAAAAUGGAAAGCAUUCAAAUUGAUCCGAGGGAAGAUCCUGAUCGCGACUAUUUUGGUAUCGAUGGAUUCCUCUCACUCUACCAUCCAAAUACAGAAAAUCAUUGGGUCUACAAUUGGGUAACUAAGGAAGUGUAUGGUCAAAUUGUCCUGUUUGUUUGUUUACAUGUUAUGUCCUUGAAAGUUGAAGGAUGCAAGGGGGGGGGGGAAGGCAGGAGACAGUGUACGACCAACAUCUGGUAUUCCUGCCGUGAAUACGUGGAGGACUUUUUGUUUUCCUGGGCAGAGAUUGGAAAGCCAAUUAGGUUUGAAGAGGCAAUAAGGUUUGAAGUAUAUGAUCUGCUUGAAAACAGAACCAGCAUAUGUACAAAUUUUAAACGAAGAUCAGAGCCAAACUUGGUCAGAGAACCUCAACUAACCAAAAAAGACAAAGAACACAAAGAAGCAACACCAAAUACAACAGAAGAAACAACACAGAAGACCAAACAUACUCCAAGAGAGAAACAAAGUUUUGACAGAAAAGACACAGAUGAGAACAUAACAGAACAAGCACCAAUAACAUGA